AUGUCAGAUCAACGUGUGGUUAUCAUGCUUACUAGCAUGGACGGUACUAAAUCCGAAACUUUUACCUUGGACAGUAACAAUAAUACUUUGAAAGUCGGUCGCGGAAAGAAGCCUUCUAUUUUUGCAGUCAAAACUUUGAGCCGUGAGCAUGGUUUAUUUACUCUCAAGGAUGACGAACUUCUCUAUACUGAACUUAAAAACAGACAUGGUACUUCGAUGGUCAUUAAUGAUCAUACUGUCACUCUGUCGCCGGACGAAACUCGACACCUUGGAAAGGUUGAUUCUCAUACAUUUAAGAAACUAUGCCCUAUGCACUUUGCUAGCAAGUUCAGUGAUCUUAAUUCUUUGAAAGUUAACGUUUCUGCUAAAAUUGAUGAUACCCCUGAUGCAAAAUCUACACAGAAAACAAGCUCUCAAGUCCCCUCUACUUUUGAAGAUACUGCCGACGAGACCUUUUUGCAAACCGAAAACAUUAAAAUUGAUGGAGAUAGUAAUGAUGAAGUAGCCAUUCCUGUUGAAAUUGAAACAGAAAAGACAGCUAAGUCUCAAGAUGAUGAAGUGAUUAUUGAGGAGAGUCUACAAGCUACACAAACAGAAUCUUUUCUGAAAGAUUCGACUGAAGCAGAACAAAAAGAGACUGCGGAAAUUAAGGAAACAGAACAAAAUUCUGAAAAUGACUCUACCACUCCCAGCAGAAAGCGAAAGAGAGAUGAUGAAAUUGAAGAGGAUAUUGAUUCUAAGAAGAAUAAAAAUGACGAGGCCGCUACUUCAGAUGAAAAAGAAGAGUCUUCUGCCGAAGCUACUACAGAAGAGAAGACGGAAGUUGUUGCUGCUCCCGCUGCACCACACGAAGAGAGGCCGUCAAAGCGUGCACGCAUUCUUGAUUAUAUUCUAAAGUUGGGCGUUGGAGCAGCCAUUGGAAGCGUAAGCACGUUUGCUCUUCUUGUUGCUACAGCCCCACAGUAA